AUGUCACGCCGAAGGGUAGCACGGUCCAAGCCUGCUGCCACCGUGUGCCCCCCAAGAGAUGUUGUUCUAGGUGUAGAUACGGGCAGCACAAGCCUUAGAGCGACUUUUAUAGAUCCCAUUGACCCGAGCUUCAUCUACCACCUUCAGAACAACGAAUCCUCCAGCCGUGACAAACGCUAUAACACUGGAGACUUCGCUACGGAUAUCUAUCCCUUUGACGAUGGCCCUCUGUAUCCAAGCCACGACACCAGGCCCUUCAAGGAUCGCAGAUCAACCCCAGCGAAAUCCGCUCUCUACAUCGUGGCCGGGGCCGAGGAGAAUGUUCUCGAUCAGUACCCGAUGCUGGAUGCGCUCAGGACGAGAGCACAGGAAGAUCCAUCUUUCCGCACACGUCUUGAGGAAGGAUUAGUCCUCAUGUUUUCCGAAUUGUGGAGGAAGUUGCAGGCCACCUGCCAUCGGCGCAACUUUCGCAUCUCGACAGUUGCAUUGUCCGUUCCAACACAGUGGAGAGAAAAUUUCGAGAUCAAGUACAGGGAGAUAAUCGUACGAGCAUUCGGCUUAGCCCCAGAGAAGGUAAUAUUUGAAACAGAGGCACUGUCCAUCGCCCAUUAUCUACUCCGGCAAUAUUCCGACUUGAUGAUCCUCCACGGGGAACCGGCCUACGUUCUGUUCCUGGACUUCGGCGGCCAGAGCAUGAAUCACUGUACGUUCUACGUCGUAGCCAACUCGGACAACCCUGACGAUCGCGUCAUCUACCGUGUUGGGGACGCUGGAGGUGUUGCCGGGGGCAGUGAGCACUGGGAAUACCGGAUCUGUGACUGGUGGCUGGGACAGCAACGAAACCUACACUUAUUUCCUGACACCCCACGGGCUGUCAAUGACCUGCGCGACAGGUUGAACGAGUUGAAGAGAGAAGUCGACGUCAAUGGCAGAAUGGAUUUCUUGCUCAAUGAAGGGGAUGCACUCCACGGCACUGUCUACAGAGUUUCGAUUGCCAGCAACAUUGUCAGGGACAAAUUUGACGAGGCACUCGGCCCCCCGCUCGAAGUGGCCGAGGAGCAGAUCAGAUGUCUUGCCGAGUUCAACAAGGCAGUCACGAGGGUGAUCGUGUCUGGCGGGACAUCUCAUAUCAAACAUCUACAGGGCAUCCUACGACAGGCCUGCAGGUCCAAUGGUAUUCCGGACCCGCAUUUUGUGCGGCCAGAGUGGAAUGUCAAUUACGAGUCGUCCAUGAUUGCGGCGGGCGCUGCGUACAUUCAGGAGAACACAUUGACGGUUAAGAGUUUCAUGGAUCGAGGAGCGGCGUUCGGAUUCCAGCCGGUGAGGAAUGGUGUGGCGGAGAAUAACGCAUACAUUGCCCUGGACGCGUCAAGCAAGAGCUACAAGUACAGGUUCGACUCAUCACAAGAAAUUAGCGAAAUCCGAAUCGUCUGCAACCCGUUCUGCGGCUUGGAUCACACUCGAAUCCAAAAGCGUCGUGGAGCUGCGAGAGCAUCCCGACCGCGAAGACCUACAUUCCCAGUGCAGGGUUGCUACGAUGUCAUGAUCAUACCCGUCGACAAAACCCAAGGUCGCUGGCAAUAUAGCUUACAGUGGACAGGCGAAUUGGACAGUCUCAGCUCAGUGCGUUUAAUGGUGCUAAGGACCGGAACAUUGGGGGUGGAGGUGGUUGGGAACAAGGCGUUCCCAGUCUACGUUGACAAAGCGCAGGGCUGCGUUCACUUCGGGGGAAUGUUCACUGAUCCGGACAACCCUCAUCUACCCCUGCCAAAUGAGCAACAACGCCUCGAGAUACUCUCGGAUUCUGAGAGCGACCAGGAGAGCCAGGAUGGCCUCGAGGAUGGCUUCGAGGAUGGGUUUGUUGGUUCCGACACGACGAGCGUGGGCUUUGGGAGUGCAUGA